AUGGCCUCUGAGAACAAUCGUCGCAACGAUUCGGGGGAUCACGACAGAAAGCGCAAGCGCGACGACCGCGACGGCGGGCGUGGACGUGGGCGCGGGCGCGGCGGCAGGUCCCUACAGCACGGCAGCCAUCAACAUAAGAAAAGAAAUAUGGGGCGUAAGGAGCAUCACCGCGAUCAACUAGACAGGCGCGAGCGCAACGCAGAAGAACAGGAGAAGAAAAAGCGGAAAGCAGAAAGUGGUGAGAAUGAGGCUCCGGCGCUGCCAUCGGCAUUUCCCGCGGACGAGGUCGACGCUGAAGAACGACGUCCCAAGCGCAAGGUCGCCGUUAUGAUCGGGUACUCUGGCACCGGCUAUAAGGGCAUGCAGAUCGACAACAAGCAGAAGACCAUCGAGGGCGAUUUGUUCAACGCCUUCGUCAAGGCGGGUGCGAUAUCCAAGGCGAACGCCGACGAUCCGAAGAAGUCGUCGCUAGUGCGAUGCGCGCGGACUGACAAGGGCGUGCAUGCUGCAGGAAACGUCAUUUCGCUCAAGUUGAUCAUCGAGGACGACGAUAUUGUUGAGAAAAUCAAUGACAAUCUAUCUGAGCAGAUCAGAGUCUGGGGCAUACAGAGGACGACCGGAUCUUUCAGCUGCUACCAAGCUUGCGACUCGCGGUGGUACGAGUACUUGAUUCCCACGCACACCUUCUUGCCUCCGCACCCAUCUAGCCAUCUCGGAAAGAAACUGGAAGAGAUUGCGGCGAAAGAAGGCGAUCUGGAAGAGUAUCGGAAGCGCCAGGCUGAGGUCGCGCAUUUUUGGCCCGAGGUAGAAGAGAAGCACAUCAAGCCAAUUCUGGAGACACUUGACGACUCGAUACGGCCGCUUGUAGAAGAGGCCUUAUACAGCGUCGAUGCGGUUGACGCUCCAAGAGACGACGAUCCCGCCAUCGAAGCAGCCAUCGAGACCGAGAAGGCAACUGAACCCACCACGGAUGCAGAGAUGACCGGCACAACAGACAAGCAAGCUGGGCAAGCGGAGAACACAGCUUCGAACGAGCCAACAAGUCAAGAAGUCAAGGAUACACUCGACACCAUCCAGAAACAACAGCCCGACCUCAACCUCAACUCCGAGACCGAUGGCGCAAUUCCCCUCCCCGAAACCGACGUCAACAAGCAAGCUCUCGAAGCCGCCGUCAAAGUCCUCAAGAAAGCCUACCUCGAUGCAAAGAAAGCCUACCGCAUCUCCCCCGAGCGCCAAAAGCGUGUCCAAGACGCACUGAACCAGUACGUUGGCACGCACAAGUUCCACAACUACACCGUCCAGAAGAAGUUCAACGACCGCUCUGCGCAGCGCUACAUCAAGAGCUUCAAAGUCGAGGACAAGCCCAUCAUCAUCAACGACACAGAGUGGCUGUCCCUCAAGGUGCAUGGCCAGAGCUUCAUGAUGCACCAGAUUCGCAAGAUGGUCGGCAUGGCAGCGCUGACGGUGCGCUGCGGGACUCAUCCCAAGAUCUUCCAGCUGAGCUUCGAGAACAACGUCGUGCGCAUCCCGAAGGCGCCGGGCCUGGGCCUGCUGCUCGAACGCCCCGUGUUCGACUCGUACAACGAGAAGCAGGCCAAAUCGGCGGGCAGGGAGAACAUCGAUUUCAAGAGAUACGAAAAGCAGAUUGAAGACUUCAAGGAGCGCGAGAUCUACCAGCGCAUCUUCAGGGAGGAGGCGCAUGGGAACCAAUUCAACUCCUUCUUCACGCAUCUGGAUAACUACCGCGAUCCCAUCUUCCUGUAUCUCACGUCGGGCGGACUGGCAGCAACGAAGAAGCUGAACAACAAGUCCACGGUGCAAGACAAGUUCGAAGAGUCGGACGACGAGAAUGCAUCGGGAGGUGAGGGCUGA